AUGACUAGUUUGCUUACUUUGUUGUUUCUGUUUGGACUUCGACUCAGUGAAGCUCGUGUGCUUCCGCGCUAUUCAUCCCGGAUCUCGGCUCGGGCCGCCAACUCAACCAACUAUGACUUUGUCAUUGUCGGAGGAGGUAUAUCUGGACUUGUACUAGCGGACAGACUGACUGAAGAUUCCCAUGUCACUGUUCUUGUGAUCGAAGCAGGCCCAUUCGACAAAGGGGAAGAUGAGGUCCUUGUACCCGGCAGUUGGAACCCAGCUCAGUAUCUAUGGCCUGGUCUGGUAACCGAACCACUCACCGCGCUCAACAAUCGAUCCGAACCAAUAGUCGUUGCGAAGGUGGUAGGAGGUGGCAGCACUAUCAACGCAAUGAACCUUCUGAGGGGUACCAAAGCCGACUUUGCAGGGUGGGUGUCCCUCGGAAAUGACGGCUGGGGUUGGGACGAUAUGCUUCCGUAUUUCAAGAAGAGUGAGAACUUCACCGCGCCAGAUGCCUCUUUCGCAGCUACCUCGAACAUCUCAUGGGAUGACUCCGUCCGAGGACAUGACGGGCCAGUUCAGUAUUCAUACCCAAAUUAUGCCUACCCUGGUCUCGGCCACUGGUGGACUGCAGCAUUGUCGGCUGGUAUGACGCCAGUUCAGGAUCCAUCAUCGGGCGUCAACCCAGGAAUAUUUUGGACACCAACUGUCCUCGAUACGAGUACCCAAACUAGAUGCGAUGCCCGCGUUGCUCACUACGACCGUGUCAUAUCGACUCGUCCCAACUACCACGUUCUAGCUGAGAAUAUGGUGUCCAGGAUUCUCUUUGAAGGGACCCAGGCUACCGGUGUCGAGUAUUUCCCGAGUGCUGGAGGAAACACUUCGACAGUGUUUGCCAUGAAAGAGGUAAUUUUAGCUGCCGGAGCAUUACAUACGCCGCAAAUCCUUCAGCUAUCUGGUGUUGGCCCAAAGUCGGUACUUGACUCGUUGAGCAUUCCUGUCGUCGCGAAUCUACCUGGUGUUGGGACCAACUUACAAGAUCAUGGUGCGGUAGCAGUACAAUACAACUUCACUAAGAUCAUCACCCCUAACGCCAUUUCCCUCGUCACCAACAGUACCUACAGUGCUGAACAAUGGGAGCACUACAAGAACCAUGAGCCCAGCGCUUUUACUGUCGUCCGAGGUCUUGGUACAACCUUCGGAACGCUGGCGCUUCAGGAUAUGACUACGUCGAACUCGUCCAUUAUCGCUGACGCCAUGGCGGACCACGCGGCUUCUUCCCUACCCACAGACACAGAUCCUACAGUUAUCGCAGGUUACCAAGCUCAGCGUAGGAUUUUGAUUGAGCAGUUGCAGAACCCCAAUAUGGCAGUUUCUGUCUUAUCCUGGGACACAUACUCAUCCGUAACCGUGUCACACGUGAAGCCCUUCAGCCGUGGCAAGAUAACCAUCAGAUCAACGGACAUCCUAGUGGAGCCUAAGAUAGAUUACCGCACGGCCACAGACCCAACCGACUUGACUGUCGUUGUAGCGACCCUCCGCAAGCUGCGGGAACUGAUGUCGGCGCCAGCGAUGGUAGCGCUUGGCACCGUUGAAGCGGCUCCGUUGGGUGCAAAUAUCAAGAGCGAAGAAGAUUUCACGGCAGUGCUUCGUGCAUCUUAUGGUGUUUCGGCAGCCCAUCAGUGCUGCACCGCGCCUAUGAUGCCGCUGGGUCUGGGAGGAGUGGUUGAUUUGGAGCACAAGGUCUAUGGGGUCACUGGAUUGCGUGUCGUCGAUGUUAGCACUUUUCCCAUGGCAGUUUCGGGAGGCCCGACCGCGAACGUAUAUGCUGUAGCAGAGAAGCUAGCAGAUGUCAUCAAGAAGGAAUUCAAAGAGAUCUAGAUACCCGAC